AUAUAUACUUUAAUUGAAAAUAAUCACUCAUAUCUAAUAUUAGUAAUAAAACAUGACUGAAACAGAUGCAGCAGCAGAUCCUGUUGAUAUACCCGUAACUUUUUUACCCUACCUGGAGAAAUAUAGGCUUUACAAGUUAUUCAAGGACAUGAUGCAAGACCUGAUAGUGAACCUGCCAAGGGACCCCCUGAAGCACAUGAAGAACUUCCUCAGAAACAUCGAGGGCUCGGACUCCAUCAAGCUGAUGUUACUGGUAUCACCGGAACUGAAUUUUGAUGUACCCAGCGUUGUUAAGGCAAUGAUAAAAGACUUUGGAUUCUUCGUGAUCACCAGGCGAACUAUUUUAGACCACUACGAGAAGCACGACGAUUUUAAGCCAGGCUGCGUGGACACGGCUUUGAUGUCGGAGGUGACGAAAGCGAUCACCUUUAAAGACGAGGUGAUCCAAAACGGAUGGCUCAUGUAUGACCAUCCCUGCACGCUCCGCGAGGCCCGCUGCCUGCAGCAGGACGGCGUGAUCCCCACGGUGGCGCUGGCGAUCAUGCCCACGCCGCCCGUGGCGCCCCCCGCGAUCAACAACCGCACUAAGUCGAGGAACUUCUUUCAGCAGGACUUUCAGGGCCUGCUAUACGCGUAUAAAGUGUCGCUUAAGGAAGUCCACAUCGACCCGUCAGAUUCUAUCGACACCAUAUCCAGCAAGUGCUUCAACGCGAUCCGGGCGUGCUCCUCGGGCGCCCAAGGCCCCAAGCAAGGGUUCCACGCUACGGGCGCUCCGGGGGUCUACCGCGUGGCACUGAUUGGGCCUCGGGGCGCCGGCAGGAAGACGCAGGCUGCGCUCUUGGCGAAGCACUUCGGUUUAGUCUGUUUAAACUUCAGGAAGUUGUUCGCCGAAGCGUCCGCCGGCGAUGACGACAUUGGAAAGUGGCUGCGCCAGCACGGACCCAGCGUGGAAAUGAAAGCGCAGAUCGUGCGCAGGCGUCUACUGGAGAAGGAUUGCAUAGAUUACGGCUACGUCAUAACCAGCUUUCCAACUUCGGGGGCCGAAUUCGAGCUGUUUGACAAUAUGGAGACCCCUCCCAACCGCAUAAUCUUCAUGAACACCGAAAUAGAAACAUGCAAGAGUCGUAUCCUGGCGCGCGGCGUUGAUUGGUGCACCGGCAAAUCGACCGCAAGCGGCGCUCCGCGCUCUCUGCCUCAUCCAAGGGACUCGAAAGAAGUUGUCGAGGCUGAGCUUGACUUCUACUUCUCUGAGGGCGUGGCCGAGAUGCGGGCUGCCGCUGGACUGAGUGCCUGGGAGAUCGACUCCAACCAACCAAUCGAUCAGGUGCAGACGAAGCUCCAAGCGGCUAUCAUGGCGGCUCCAUCCUGCGACAUCAAGGUCAACCAAGGCGGAGUGGGCCUGGAGAAUGCUCGCAUCGAUAAACCCCUCUCCAGGUCGCGCCAAUUUACACGAAGAACAAGAACGCAGUAGACCGGUUUCGAAAUACACACGAGCGUCAUACUCAGCAGGUCAACACGGUGCAUCCGGAGGAGACCAACCAGAACAGCCCUUCUCUUGCCAAUGAGCUCAGCAAGAGACGCUCGCUACAGAACCCCAAUAUGGAGAGUCAUCAUAAGUGAUUCUUAUUCUUAUGUCUUUUAAAAUAAAGUCUAAUUUCCAACGAGCCUCAUUGUCCAAUACGUGAAUCCAGAGAAGAUCAAUCAGACCAGUCCUCGCUUACGAAGUAAAUAAAAUAAAAUACUACCUACUAAGUUCUAUAAUCAAUUAAUCACAAUUAGAAAAAGUAUUUGGACACGGGUGAAACGUGAGAUAGAGUAUAUGAUGUAAUAAUACCAUUUAUCUCUAUGACCGAUAAGUGAAACACCUACAUUACAUGAAUAGUUGCGAAAGGAAUUAAGACAAUGGUAAAGCUAAGGCGUAUAAUACCUUAAACAUAGUAUUAACCCUUUAUAAGGCACAUGCGUGUCAGGAAUUAUGCAAAAUUGAACCCUAUCUCUUCGAAGUAAAGUUCAAAAUCGGGUGGGAAAUAUAUUCUCUCUGCCUUAUAAAGGCUUAAAAGAGUUAAAAGCCACGUAAGAGGUUGAUUUACAUUGUUUCCACAGCUGUUUUGAGGAACAAUCUAGAUUCUAGAAUGUUACCUACAGGUAAAGUUCGAUUCAAUCACGAGGGCAGAAUGAACGAUGAACAUGUUACUAUCAAUUUGUGACGCACGCUUUUAUUGCUGACUGUACUUCUUCUCCUUUGCAUGUCUUGUCGGCUGUAGACACUCGUCGAGAGCCUCUCGCCGAGAGUCUCAGCACCGCUCCGAUCCAAUCGGACCGGAAUUUAAGUUAUGUCAUUCAUG